AUGAACGGCGACACUUCUGACGUCCUGGCCGCCAGCGGCACCGAGCCGGCCACGGUCCCCAAGACCACAAAGGCCGCUCCGGAAGCCGGCUCUCCCCCCAGGCCCCGGGCCGGGAGCGUGGCCGGGGUGCUGGUGGAGGCCUCCGGCCAGGUCCUGAGCCUCUACACGGCCAUGAAGCAGGGCCUGCUGCCCGCCGAGCUCGGGCUGGCUCUGCUGGAGGCCCAGGCGGCCACCGGGGGCCUCGUGGACCCCGCGCAGGGCCAGCCGCUGCCCGUGUCCGCGGCCCUGCAGCAGGGCCUGGUGGGCCUGGAGCUGCGGGAGAAGCUGCUGGCCGCCGAGCGGGCGGUCACCGGCUACGCCGACCCCUACGGGGGCGAGAAGCUGUCCCUCUUCCAGGCCAUCGGGAAGGAGGUGGUGCCCCGGGCCCUGGGCUGGGGCUGGCUGGAGGCCCAGCUGGCCACGGGCGGCCUGGUGGACCCCGCCCUGGGCGUGCGGGUGGCCCCGGAGCCGGCCUGUCAGCAGGGCCUCCUGGACCGGGAGACGCAGCGCAGCCUGGCGGAGCGCGCCCCGGCCUUCCUGGACCCCAACACGCUGGAGCCGCUGAGCUACCGCGAGCUGCUGAGCCGGUGUGUGCCGGCGCCCGGCACGGGGCUGCCCCUGCUGCCGCUCAAGACCACCUUCCGCACGCUGGGCGGGGCGGCCAGCGUGGCCGAGCUGCUGGAGGCGGGCGUCCUGGACGAGGAGACCGCCCGGGGCCUGCGGGAGGGCCGGCUGGCCGUGCCCGACGUGAGCGCGCGCCCCGAGGUGCGGCGCUACCUGCAGGGCACCGGGGCCGUGGCGGGGGCCGUCCUGCUGCCCGCCGGCCGCAAGAGGAGCUUCUUCCAGGCCGUGGCCGCGCACCUGCUCCCGCUGGGCGCCGCGCUCCCGCUGCUCGAGGCCCAGGCCGCCACCGGCACGCUGGUGGACCCGGCCGGCGGCCAGCGGCUGAGUGUGGACGAGGCGGUGCGGGCGGGCCUGGUGGGCCCCGAGCUGCACGGGCAGCUCCUGGAGGCCGAGCAGGCGGUGACGGGCUUCCCCGACCCCUUCGGCGGCGCCCGCCUCCCCCUCUUCCAGGCCAUGAGGAAGGGGCUGGUGGACGAGGCCCUGGCGCUGCGGCUGCUGGAUGCGCAGCUGGCCACGGGCGGGCUGGUGUGCCCGGCCCGCAGGCUGCGGCUGCCCCUGGAGGCCGCCCUGCGCUUCGGCUGCCUGGAUGAGGAGACACAGCGGUGGCUCUCGGGGGCCGCCGGCUUCUCGGACCCCGGCACGCAGGAGAGCCUGGGCUACGGGCAGCUGCUGGCCCGCUGCGUCACCGACCCCGAGACCGGGCUGGCCUUCCUGCCCCUCCCCGGGGAGGCCCCGGGGGAGGAGCCGCGGGGACCCCCCUUCAUUGAGCACAGCACCCGGGAGGCCCUGCGCGCGGCCACCACCACGGUGCCCGCGGGCGCCUUCCGGGGCCGGCCCGUGUCCCUGUGGGAGCUGCUCUUCUCUGAAGCCGUGCCCGCCGGGCAGAGGGUGGUGCUGGCCCAGCAGUACCGGGCGGGGGCCCUGUCGGCGGAGGAGCUGGCCGCGGCGCUGAGGGCCACCCUGGAGCAGGCCGCGGCCGCCGCCAAGACCACCUUCUCAGGGCUGCGGGUGCCCGUGAGCCCGGGGGAGCUGCUGCAGGCGGAGAUCAUCGGGCCCGAGGUGUUCGAGCAGCUGGAACGCGGGCAGACCACGGCCCAGCACGUGGGCAGCCUGGACUCGGUGCAGCGGUACCUGCAGGGCACGGGCUGCAUUGCCGGCCUGCUGCUGCCUGGCUCUCAGGAGCGGCUGAGCAUCGAGGAGGCACAGAGGAAGGGGCUGCUCCGGCCGGGCACCGCCCUCAUCCUGCUGGAGGCCCAGGCGGCCACCGGCUUCAUCAUCGACCCCAAGGAGAACAAGAGGUACUCGGUGGAGGAGGCGCUGAGGGCCGGCGUCAUCGGGCCCGGCGUGUUCGCCAAGCUGCUGUCGGCGGAGCGGGCGGUCACCGGCUACACCGACCCCUACACCGGGGAGCAGAUCUCCCUCUUCCAGGCCAUGCAGAAGGAGCUGAUCGUGCGCGACCACGGCAUCCGCCUGCUGGAGGCCCAGAUCGCCACGGGCGGCAUCAUCGACCCCGUGCACAGCCACCGCGUGCCCGUGGACGUGGCCUACCAGCGCGGCUACUUCGACGAGGCCAUGAACCACGUCCUGGCCGACCCCGGCGACGACACCAAGGGCUUCUUCGACCCCAACACGCACGAGAACCUCACGUACCUGCAGCUGCUGGAGCGCUGUGUGCGCGACCCCGAGACCGGGCUGUUCCUGCUGCCGCUCAGCAGCGCCCAGCCCCCGCUGGCCGACGCGGCCACCCGGCGGGCCUUCCAGAACCUGCUGCUGCCCGGGCGGUACGGGCGGUUCCGGGGCCGGCGGGUGUCCGCGUGGGAGCUGCUCAACUCCGAGUGCGUGGGCGAGGCGCAGCGGCGGCGGCUCCUGCUCGGCGUCCGGCGGCGCGAGGUCUCCCUGGAGCAGGCGGCCGAGCGGCUGCAGAGGGCGGCGGCCAGGUGCGUGGACGUCACGCUGCCCGCCCUGCGCGGUCGGGCCACCGCCUUCCAGCUCCUGGAGGCCCGGGUCAUCGGCCAGGAGCUCCUGGACCAGCUGGCGGCGGGGACGCUCAGCCCCGAGUCCCUGCUCGGCCUGGACAGCGUGCGCACCUGCCUGCGUGGCUCGGGCGCCGUGGGCGGGGUGCUGCUGCCCGCCUCCAACCGCAGGCUCAGCCUCUACCAGGCCAUGAAGCAGCGGCUGCUGCCGCCCGGCAUGGCCCUGGCCCUGCUGGAGGCCCAGGCGGCCACCGGAGCCCUGACCGGCCCCGACGGCCGGGAGGCCGUGUCCGUGGAGGAGGCCGUGCGCCGGGGGCUGGUCGGGCCGGAGCUGUACGCCCGGCUGCGGCGGGCUGAGGGCGCCCUGACCGGCUUCCGGGACCCCUUCUCCGGGGAGCGGGUGUCCCUGUUCCAGGCCACGAAGAAGGGCCUCGUCCGGAAGGAGCACGCCGCCCGCCUGCUGGAGGCCCAGCUGGCCACGGGAGGCGUCAUCGACCCCACGGGCCACUUCCACCUGGCCCUGCCCGUGGCCGCCGAGCGCGGCUGCAUCGACCGGGAGACGGAGGCGGCCCUGACCGGCUCCGCGGAGACCUUCCCCGCGCUCGACGGCCCCGGCCACACCAGCUACGCCCGGCUCCUGGGGCAGUGCCAGAAGGACGAGGCAUCCGGCCUCUACCUGCUGCCCGUGCAGGAGGACGCGCCCGCCGGCCCCUCCGACCAGCAGCUGCGGGAGACCCUGCAGGCCACGCCGGGCGCGGAGGACGGGGCGUCGCUCUGGGAGCUGCUGGCCUCCUGCCACUUCACGGAGGAGCAGCGGCGGGCGUUCCUGGAGGGCGUGCAGGCGGGCGAGACCUCGGUGCCGCAGCUGCAGGCGGCCGUGCGCGGCUGGGUGCAGGCGGCCAAGCUCCGGGCGCAGGCCCGGGUCACCGUGCCCGGCCCCCGAGGCGAGGUCCCCGCGGUCUGGCUGCUGGACGCGGGCAUCAUCACCCAGGAGACCCUGACGGCGCUGACCCAGGGCACGCGGUCGCCCGCCGAGGUGGCCGAGGAGCCCGCGGUGAAGGCCUGCUUGUGGGGGACGGGGGGCGUGGCCGGCGUGCUGCUGCAGCCCUCGGGGACCAAGGCCAGCAUCGCCCAGGCCAUGCAGGACGGCCUGCUGCCCCCCGGCCUGGGGCAGAGCCUGCUGGAGGCCCAGGCCGCGUGCGGCUCCCUCGUGGACCCCCUGACCAGCCAGAGGCUGUCCGUGGAGGCCGCGGUCAAGGCUGGGCUGGUGAGCGGGGCGCUGAGCGAGCAGCUCCGGCAGGCGGAGCGGGCCGCGGCCGGCUACACCGACCCCUUCUCGGCGGGUCCCCUCUCGCUGUGGCAGGCCAUGGAGAAGGGGCUCGUGCCCCGGAAGGAGGGCCUGCCCCUCCUGCAGGCCCAGCUGGCCACGGGGGGUGCCGUGGACCCCGCCCACGGGGUGCGCCUCCCCCCGGCGGCGGCCUGCCGGCUGGGCCUCCUGGACGAGCCGACGCUCCAGGCGCUGACCGGGCCGGACGAGGACAGCCGGCUCUUCUAUGACCCCAGCCGGCGGGAGCGGGUGACCUACCAGGAGCUGAGGGAGCGCUGCCUGCUGGACGCGGACACGGGCCUGCGGCUGCUGCCCCUGCCCCAGGACGUGGCCCUGGAGGUGGACAAGCACACGGCUGUGGCCCUGCGGGCCAUGAAGGUGCCCGUCGGGGCCGGGCGGUUCAAGGGGCUGACCGUGUCGCUCUGGGACCUGCUGCACUCGGAGUACGUGGGCGCCGAGAAGCGGCGGGAGCUGGCGGCGCUCUGCCAGUCGGGCCGGGCCACGGCGCUGCGGCAGGUGGUGCAGGCGCUCACCGCGCUGGUGGAGGCGGCCGAGGCCCGGCCCGCGCAGGCCGUCUUCCGGGGGCUGCGCAAGCAGGUGUCGGCCGGCGACCUGUUCCGGUCCCAGGUGAUCGACCGGGAGACGCUGGACGCGCUGAGCCAGGGCACCCGGACGGCGCAGGAGGUGGCCGCCAUGGACAGCGUGCGGCCCUUCCUGGAAGGCGGCAACUUCAUCGCCGGGGUGCUGGUCCAGGCCACCCAGGAGCGCAUGAGCAUCUCGGAGGCGCUGGCCCGCGGCCUCCUGCGGCCGGGCACCGCCCUGGUGCUGCUGGAGGCCCAGGCCGCCACCGGCUUCCUCAUCGACCCCACGGAGAACCGGAAGCUGACGGUGGAGGAGGCCUUCGCCGCGGGCAUGUUCGGCAAGGAGACCUACCAGAAGCUGCUGUCGGCGGAGCGGGCGGUCACCGGCUACACCGACCCCUACACCGGGGAGCAGGUCUCCCUCUUCCAGGCCAUGCAGAAGGGGCUGAUCGUGCGCGACCACGGCAUCCGCCUGCUGGAGGCCCAGAUCGCCACGGGCGGCAUCAUCGACCCCGUGCACAGCCACCGCGUGCCCGUGGACGUGGCCUACCAGCGCGGCUACUUCGACGAGGCCAUGAGCCGCGUGCUGGCCGACCCCGGCGACGACACCAAGGGCUUCUUCGACCCCAACACGCACGAGAACCUCACGUACCUGCAGCUGCUGGAGCGCUGUGUGCGCGACCCCGAGACCGGGCUGUUCCUGCUGCAGAUCGUCAAGAAGGGAGAGGCGUACGCCUACGUGGACGAGGCCACCAGGCGGGCUCUGCGGGCGCAGACCGUGGCCAUGCGGGUCGGCCGGUUCGCCGGGCGGAGCGUCUCCCUCUGGGACCUGCUGUCGUCCCAGUACUUCUCGGAGGCGCGGCGGCAGGAGCUGGCCCAGCAGUGGCGCUCGGGGGCCCUGGACCUGCAGCAGCUGCUGGGCGUGGUCACGGCCACCGUGGAGGAAACCGAGGAGCGGCACCGGGCCGUCCGGGUGCCCGGGAUCGGCGGGGAGGUGACCGCCGCGGAGCUGUUCAACGCCGGCGUCAUCGACAGGGAGACGCUGGACGCGCAGCCGGGGGGCCAGGCCCUCCUGGCGCUGCCCCAGGUGCGGGCGGCCCUGGAGGGCAGCGGCUGCAUCGCCGGCGUGACCGUCCCCUCCACGCAGGAGGUGCUGAGCCUCUAUGAGGCCAGCGCGCGGGGCCUCGUGCCUGCGGGGUUCGCGGCUCAGCUGCUGGAGGCCCAGGCGGCCACGGGCUUCCUGCUGGACCCGCACAGCCACCGGAGGCUCUCGGUGGACGAGGCCGUGGCCGCCGGCCUGGUGGGCGAGGAGCUCCGGGAAAGGCUCCUGGACGCCGAGAAGGCCGCCAGAGGCUACGUGGACCCCGCCACAGGCGACACGGUCCCGCUGUCCCAGGCCGCGGACAGGAAGCUGGCCAGGCGGGAGGACGCCCUCCGGUGGCUGGAAGUGCAGGUGGCCACGGGCGGGGUGGUCGACCCGCGGCACCACCUCCGGGUUCCGCUGGCCACGGCCUACGAGCGCGGCUGCCUGCGCCGGGACGCCUACGCCCUCGUGUCCGACCAGAAGCUCAUGAACAAGAGGUUCGUGGACCCCAACACGCAGGAGAAGGUGACGUACCAGGAGCUGCAGAGGCGGAGCCGCCGGGAGGAGGGGCCGGGCUGGGCCCUGUUCCCCGUGGCCCGUGACGGCCAGGACGCCGCCUACGUGGACGAGGCCACGAGGAAGGCCCUGGAAGGCGAGCGGGUGGAGGUCCCGGUGGGCAGGUUCCGGGGGCGGCGGCCGUCCGUGUGGGAGCUGCUCAACUCGGAGUACGUGACGGAGGAGGAGAAGCUGGAGCUGGUGGGGAGCUACAAGCGCGACACGGCCCGGGCGCUGGGCACGGUGGCGCAGGCCGUCUCCGCGCUGAUCGAGGAGAAGGAGCGGAGCGCCAGGCAGCUGUGGUUCCGGGGCAUCCGGAGGCACAUCACCGCCAACGAGCUCUUCCAGGCGGCCAUCAUCACCCGGGAGACGCUGCAGCAGCUGGAGGCGGGGCGCAGCAGCGUGGAGGACGUGGGCCAGGACGCCAGCGUGAGGCGCUACCUGGAGGGCACGAGCUGCAUCGCGGGCGUGCUGGUGCCCGCCAGGGGCGAGCCGGGGCGGCGUGAGAAGAUGAGCGUCUACCAGGCCAUGUGGAAGGGCCACCUGCGGCCGGGCACCGCCCUGGUGCUGCUGGAGGCCCAGGCCGCCACCGGCUUCCUCAUCGACCCCGUGGGCAACCGGCGGCUGUCCGUGGACGAGGCCGUGGCCGCGGGCCUGGUGGGCGGCGAGAUCCGGGACAAGCUGCUGUCGGCGGAGCGGGCGGUCACCGGCUACACCGACCCCUACACCGGGGAGCAGAUCUCCCUCUUCCAGGCCAUGCAGAAGGAGCUGAUCGUGCGCGACCACGGCAUCCGCCUGCUGGAGGCCCAGAUCGCCACGGGUGGCAUCAUCGACCCCGUGCACAGCCACCGCGUGCCCGUGGACGUGGCCUACCAGCGCGGCUACUUCGACGAGGCCAUGAGCCGCGUGCUGGCCGACCCCGGCGACGACACCAAGGGCUUCUUCGACCCCAACACGCACGAGAACCUCACGUACCUGCAGCUGCUGCGCCGUUGUGUGCGCGACCCCGAGACCGGGCUGUUCAUGCUGCAGCUGGCCGGCCCGGGCUCCGCGGUGCGCCAGCUCAGCGAGGAGCUGCGCCGCGCCCUGCAGGACGUGCGCGUGGCGCUGCCCCCGGGCGCGGCCGGCGCCCAGGGCCGGGACGCCUCGGUGUGGGAGCUGCUCUUCUACCGGGAGGUGUCCGAGAGCCAGCGGCAGGACCUGCUGGCCGGGUUCCGGGCGGGCACGCUGACCGCGCAGGAGCUGGGCGCCAGGCUCGCCGCGCUGCUGGCCGGCGCCCAGGAAGAGGGCCCGCGCCCGGCCCCGGCCGACCCCCAGCAGGCGCUGAGCGCGGCCACCAUGGAGGUGAAGGUGGGCCGGCUGCGGGGCCCGGCCGUGCCCGUGUGGGACGUGCUGGAGUCCGACUACGUGAGCGCCAGCAGCAGGGAGCAGCUGCUGGCCCAGUUCCGCGCGGGGCGGCUGGGCCUGCCCGCGCUGACCCGCCGGCUGACCACCAUCCUCGAGGAGGCCGAGGGGCCCCCGAGCCCUGAGCACCCGCACGCCGACCCCCAGGCCGCCAGGCGCCUCCAGGAGCAGGCCCUGCGGGCGGCCACCAUGGAGGUGCAGGCCGGGCGGUUCCGAGGGCAGCCGGUGUCCGUGUGGGACGUCCUCACCUCCUCCUACCUGAGCCAGGCCCGCCGGGAGGAGCUGCUGGCCCAGCACGCGGCCGGCACCCUGGCCCUGCCGGGCCUGGUGGCCAUCCUCACCCAGGUGGUCACGGAGACCGAGGAGCGGCUCAGCAAGCUGUCCUUCCCGGGCCUGAGGCGCCAGGUGACCGCGUCCGAGCUGGGCGUGUCGCGGGUCCUGGACCCCGAGACGCUGCAGGGCCUGGCCCAGGGCACCCGCAGCCCCCAGGAGGUGAUGCAGAUGGACUCGGUCAAGCGCUACCUGGAGGGCACGAGCUGCAUCGCGGGCGUGCUGGUGCCCGCCAGGGGCGAGCCGGGGCGGCGUGAGAAGAUGAGCGUCUACCAGGCCAUGUGGAAGGGCCACCUGCGGCCGGGCACCGCCCUGGUGCUGCUGGAGGCCCAGGCCGCCACCGGCUUCCUCAUCGACCCCGUGGGCAACCGGCGGCUGUCCGUGGACGAGGCCGUGGCCGCGGGCCUGGUGGGCGGCGAGAUCCGGGACAAGCUGCUGUCGGCGGAGCGGGCGGUCACCGGCUACACCGACCCCUACACCGGGGAGCAGAUCUCCCUCUUCCAGGCCAUGCAGAAGGAGCUGAUCGUGCGCGACCACGGCAUCCGCCUGCUGGAGGCCCAGAUCGCCACGGGCGGCAUCAUCGACCCCGUGCACAGCCACCGCGUGCCCGUGGACGUGGCCUACCAGCGCGGCUACUUCGACGAGGCCAUGAGCCGCGUGCUGGCCGACCCCGGCGACGACACCAAGGGCUUCUUCGACCCCAACACGCACGAGAACCUCACGUACCUGCAGCUGCUGCGCCGUUGUGUGCGCGACCCCGAGACCGGGCUGUUCAUGCUGCAGCUGGCCGGCCCGGGCUCCGCGGUGCGCCAGCUCAGCGAGGAGCUGCGCCGCGCCCUGCAGGACGUGCGCGUGGCGCUGCCCCCGGGCGCGGCCGGCGCCCAGGGCCGGGACGCCUCGGUGUGGGAGCUGCUCUUCUACCGGGAGGUGUCCGAGAGCCAGCGGCAGGACCUGCUGGCCGGGUUCCGGGCGGGCACGCUGACCGCGCAGGAGCUGGGCGCCAGGCUCGCCGCGCUGCUGGCCGGCGCCCAGGAAGAGGGCCCGCGCCCGGCCCCGGCCGACCCCCAGCAGGCGCUGAGCGCGGCCACCAUGGAGGUGAAGGUGGGCCGGCUGCGGGGCCCGGCCGUGCCCGUGUGGGACGUGCUGGAGUCCGACUACGUGAGCGCCAGCAGCAGGGAGCAGCUGCUGGCCCAGUUCCGCGCGGGGCGGCUGGGCCUGCCCGCGCUGACCCGCCGGCUGACCACCAUCCUCGAGGAGGCCGAGGGGCCCCCGAGCCCUGAGCACCCGCACGCCGACCCCCAGGCCGCCAGGCGCCUCCAGGAGCAGGCCCUGCGGGCGGCCACCAUGGAGGUGCAGGCCGGGCGGUUCCGAGGGCAGCUGGUGUCCGUGUGGGACGUCCUCACCUCCUCCUACCUGAGCCAGGCCCGCCGGGAGGAGCUGCUGGCCCAGCACGCGGCCGGCACCCUGGCCCUGCCGGGCCUGGUGGCCAUCCUCACCCAGGUGGUCACGGAGACCGAGGAGCGGCUCAGCAAGCUGUCCUUCCCGGGCCUGAGGCGCCAGGUGACCGCGUCCGAGCUGGGCGUGUCGCGGGUCCUGGACCCCGAGACGCUGCAGGGCCUGGCCCAGGGCACCCGCAGCCCCCAGGAGGUGAUGCAGAUGGACUCGGUCAAGCGCUACCUGGAGGGCACGAGCUGCAUCGCGGGCGUGCUGGUGCCCGCCAGGGGCGAGCCGGGGCGGCGUGAGAAGAUGAGCGUCUACCAGGCCAUGUGGAAGGGCCACCUGCGGCCGGGCACCGCCCUGGUGCUGCUGGAGGCCCAGGCCGCCACCGGCUUCCUCAUCGACCCCGUGGGCAACCGGCGGCUGUCCGUGGACGAGGCCGUGGCCGCGGGCCUGGUGGGCGGCGAGAUCCGGGACAAGCUGCUGUCGGCGGAGCGGGCGGUCACCGGCUACACCGACCCCUACACCGGGGAGCAGAUCUCCCUCUUCCAGGCCAUGCAGAAGGAGCUGAUCGUGCGCGACCACGGCAUCCGCCUGCUGGAGGCCCAGAUCGCCACGGGCGGCAUCAUCGACCCCGUGCACAGCCACCGCGUGCCCGUGGACGUGGCCUACCAGCGCGGCUACUUCGACGAGGCCAUGAGCCGCGUGCUGGCCGACCCCGGCGACGACACCAAGGGCUUCUUCGACCCCAACACGCACGAGAACCUCACGUACCUGCAGCUGCUGCAGAAGGCUACUCGGGACCCUGAAACGGGCCUGCUGUUUCUCUCUCUGUCUUAA